ACCCUCUCGCGCUUGCUCCGGUACAGCUCACGGAAUCAGACGGACGACAUGGCCUCUCCUCGCAAGACCGUCCUCAUCACUGGCGCUGCCGGCUACAUCGGCUCCCACAUCGCCUUGUGCUGCCUGCUCUCUGGCAAGUACUCGGUCGUCACCAUCGACAACUUCCACAACUCGUUCCCGACCGCGCUCGAGCGCGUGACCAAGAUCGCGCAGGAUGCUCUCCCCGCCGGCGCGUCGGACGAGGACAAGAAGGCGCUCGAGAUCAAGUGCUACCGCGGCGACAUCUCGAUCAAGAGCGAGAUUGACCAGAUCUUCAAGGACUACGAGGGCAAGGGCGGCAUCUGGGGCGUCAUCCACGUCGCUGCGCUCAAGGCCGUUGGCGAGUCGGGCGAGAUCCCGAUCAAGUACUACGAGAACAACAUCACGGCGACGAUCAACCUCCUCGACGUGAUGGACAAGUACAAGGUGUACAACCUCGUCUACUCGUCGUCGGCGACCGUGUACGGCGCGCCGCCCCAGUGCCCCAUCCCCGAGUCGUCGCCGCUCCAGCCCGAGUCGUGCUACGGCCGCACCAAGUUCAUGUCCGAGCUCAUCAUCAAGGACGUGUGCGACUCGGCGCCGGACAAGUGGCGCGCCAUCUCGCUCCGCUACUUCAACCCGGCCGGCGCGCACCCGUCGGGCCAGAUUGGCGAGGACCCGCGCGGUCGCCCGGGCAACCUCCUCCCGCUCCUCGCCCAGAUGGCUGUCGGCAAGUUCCCCGAGGGCCUCAAGAUCUUUGGCAACGACUACGACACGCCUGACGGCACCUGCGUCCGCGACUACAUCCACAUCAUGGACCUCGCCGAGGGCCACGUCCUCGCCCUCGCCGCCCUUCCUCGCGACGAGAUCUACGCAGCGCAGGGCCAGGCGGCCGGCUUCGGCUCGUCGGGCGGCAAGUACAAGGCGUACAACCUCGGCAAGGGCAAGGGCAUGUCGGUCCUCAACAUGGUCGACGCCAUGCAGAAGGCGUCGGGCUUCAAGUACAAGACCGAGAUUGUCGGUCGCCGCACUGGUGACGUUCCCGAGUUGACGGCCGACCCUGCGCUCGCCGAGAAGGAGCUCGAGUUCAAGGCCAAGCGCGACCUCGAGGCCAUGUGCCGCGACCAGUGGAACUGGCAGUCCAACAACCCCAAGGGUUACGAGAACCAGGCGUAGAGCCAGGCGCCCUCCUCCCGUUCCUCCCACCUCCCACGGACAGUGUCCUACAUCCCCCUCAUCCAUUCGUCUCUCUCCCCUCCUCAAAUCGUCAGUAUCCGGGUCUUACAUGUGCAGUCCUUGCGUAGAAUGCAUGCGGUCGUGCAACGCUCGCCGUUUUCCCGCCU